AUGGGACUCUCAAACUCACUGUUCUUUGAGGAAGCUGCAAAACCUUUUUCAAUAUCGGGGGCUCAGUCGGUGGUUCAGUCGGGGGAUCAGUCGGUGGUUCAGUCGGGGAAUCAGUCGGUGGUUCAGCAGGGAGAUCAGUUGGGGGUUCAGUCGGGGGUUCAGUCGGGGAAUCAGUCGGGGGUUCAGACGGUGGUUCAGUCGGGAAUUCAAUCGGAUCGAACAUGGGUGGCAGUGGCGCAACAAAAAAAACAAAGUUUGAAGAAAUAUGAUCUAGAGAUAUCGACAUCGGAUGGGAAGAAAUCGGUGAUGGUUCCGGCGGAAAUCACUGAGAAAUCCAAUCCACUCUGGGGGGACUUCGUGAUUGCAAGGUUUCUGGAAACAGCACCUCAUAUUGCGAAGGUCCAUAUGAUAAUAAACAAGAUCUGGUUGUUUGGAGAAAAAUCACAAAAGAUGGAAGUUUAUGUGAUUGAUGAGAAAACGAUGAGGAUAAGAAUAGUGAAUGAGAAGAUAAGAGAGAAGGUUGUGAGAAGGGGGAUGUGGAAUAUAGCAGGAGUUCCGAUGGUGGUAUCAAAAUGGUCUCCUGAAGUUGAUGAUGAGGAUGCAAAUCUGAUUCCGUUAUGGGUUCACCUCACAAAUGUUCCCAUGAGCAUGUAUUCUUGGGAGGGCUUAAGUUUCAUGACAAGUGCAGUGGGAGCUCCGGAUCACCUUCAUCCAGACACAAUUGCUUGCUCAAAUUUUGAUAUAGCAAAGGUGUUUGUUAAGGCAGAUCUCUCUAAAGAGCCUCCAAAGCAGAUUGAUUUCACUAUCAAAGGAGAAGUAGUCACGAUUCACUACACAUAUCCAUGGCUUCCUCCAAGAUGUGUAAAGUGUGAUCGCUGGGGACAUUAUGAGACUUUUUGUAAAGGAAGAAAUAAGGGAGCUUCUGAGGAUACUAAAAUUGAUGAGGUAAAGAGUGAUGAGUUUGUUGAGGUAAAUAAGCAGACUGAAGAGAUGGGGAAAACAGAGAUCAAGGAGGGAGCAGGAAAGAGUAAUGAGUUGGAAGGUGAAGAUACGAGAAAGGAAGAAGACGGAAGUGAUGAGAAGAAUAUGGGAAGUGAUGAUAAGAAGAUAGGGGAAUGGAAAAAAAUUUCGGGUGAGAAAAUGGGAAGAAGUAGAAUAGUGCAACGCCUGCAAUAUGGCCAAGUAACUAUUACUACUCCUUCUCGUUUUAAUGCAUUGAGAAACACGGAUGAGAAGGGUGAGGAGUUGAAUAAAGAAGAUAAGGAAGUGUUGGAUGUAGAAGAUAAUGAGGAGUUGGAUGAAGAGGAGAGAGAAGAAGUACAAAGUGAGAAGGAUGAAGAUAUUUAUCAGAGCUUGGCAGAAGAAAGUAUUGAAGAUAUAAGGAAGGGUAGAGCAAGACAAAUUCUGCCAAGGCUAUCAAAAACCAAUCAUCGAGUGGGGUUCCAGGAAGAAUCAUUCAUGACGGGGUUUUUUUGGAAUAUAAGGGGCUUCAAUAAGCCUGUCAAACAUAGAGUAGUGAGAAACUGGGUGAGAGAUCAUUCCUUCUUGUUUGGCUGCCUUAUUGAAACCAGAGUAAAGGAGAAAAAAGCUGAGAAGAUUGUAGAGGAAGUUUUUAAUGGUUGGAGUUUUAUGGGGAAUUAUGAAUAUAACAGAUUAGGAAGAUUGUGGGUGGUUUGGAGACCUGAAGUACGGUUGACUCCUGUAUACAAGAGUGCACAAGUCAUUACAUGUUCGAUCUUAUUGCCAGGAGAAAAAGAGGAGUUCUUCAUUUCUUUCAUUUAUGCGCAUAAUACUAUGGUGGAGAGGAAAGAGUUGUGGGAAGAGCUGAGUAGUCAUGGGGAGGCACCAAGUUUUAAAAAUAAAAAAUGGAUGUUGAUGGGGGAUUAUAAUGAGAUUCUUAAUGGAGAGGAACAUUCGGGUUUUGAAGACGCACCGAGGGUGCCUAUGGGGAUGAGAGAUUUUCAAGAUGUAGUGGAGCAGUGCAGAUUGACUGAUUUGGGAUAUCAGGGGCCGAUGCAUACCUGGUGUAAUAAAAGAGUGGAUGGGUUGAUUUGUAAGAAGCUUGACAGGGUUCUCAUUAAUGAAGAAUGGCUCAUGACUAGAGAUGCUUAUUGUGUUUUUGAAUCGGGAGGAUGCUCAGAUCACUUAAGGUGCCGAAUCCAUUUUAAAAAUGAGGAGAGCAGGAAACGGAAGCCUUUUAAGUUCACUAAUGUCAUUGCGAAAAUGCCAGAGAAACAGCCUAUUAGGGAGUUGAGCAAAAUCAAAUUAGGCAAUCUAUCAAAGCAGACAAGAGAAGAGGUUUUAAAGCAAAGAUCGAAGCUACAUUGGCUUGAUGUUGGAGAUGGUAAUAACAAGUUUUUCCACUGCUCAGCGAAGAUUCGAGAGAUUCGUAAUGCUAUUCAUGAGAUACAAAGAGAAGAUGGAUCAGUUGCUAUCUCAGAGGAGGAUAUAAAAGCUGAGGCAGAGAGGUUUUUUGCAGAAUUCAUGAAUUAUAAACCUUUGGAGUAUGAGGGUGCUUCGGUUGAGAUGUUACAAGAGUUGCUGGGAUUUCAGUGUAGUGAGAUGGAUUGCAGCAGUUUAGAAAGGGCAGUAACCAAAGAAGAAAUAAAGGAAGUCUUGUUUCAUAUGCCGGGAAGCAAAGCUCCAGGGCCUGAUGGCUUCACGACAGAAUUCUUCAAAGAAGCUUGGAGCUUAAACUCAACGAUACUAGCACUCAUCCCAAAGAAGGUGGAAGCGAAGAUGAUGAAAGACUACAGGCCGAUAUCAUGUUGUAAUGUUCUCUAUAAGGUAAUCUCAAAGCUCAUAGCGAAUAGAUUGAAAAAGAUUUUACCUAAGUGCAUUACCUUGAAUCAGUCGGCAUUCAUAAGUGAAAGGUUGUUAAUGGAGAAUGUUUUGCUAGCAACGGAGAUUGUUAAGGAUUAUCAUAAGGAGGAUAUAUCCCCUAGAUGUGCUAUGCAAAUAGACAUUUCUAAAGCAUUUGAUUCAGUUCAGUGGUCUUUCUUAAUGAAUGUGUUGAAAGCUUUGGGUCUGCCUAGUAGGUUCGUACACUGGAUAUACCUCUGCAUAUCUUCAGCUUCUUUUUCUGUACAAGUAAAUUGUGAGCUCGCCGGAUAUUUCCAAAGUAAAAGGGGGCUUCGCCAAGGGUGUUCGUUAUCCCCGUAUCUCUUUGUGAUCUGUAUGAACGUGCUCUCUAAGAUGUUGGAUGAAGCGGUAGUGAAAGGAAGAAUAGGCUACCACCCGAAAUGCAAAAACAUUGAGCUUACUCAUUUAUGUUUUGCUGAUGAUCUAAUGAUCUUUGCUGAUGGUUCAAGACAUUCUGUGGAGGGCAUUCUCAAAGUAUUUGAAGAUUUUGAUAAAAUGAGUGGAUUAAAGAUCAGUAAGGAAAAGUCUGUUCUGUUUAUGGCUGGUUCUGAGCAGAGAAAUGAAGAAAUUAUGAGGCAGUUUCAGUUCGCGAAUGGAAAGCUCCCUGUAAGAUAUCUUGGUCUUCCGCUUUUGACAAAACAUAUGACUGUCACUGAUUUUCUUCCUUUGGUGGAGAAGAUAAGGAAAAAGAUUAGUACAUGGACUGGAAGAUUCCUCUCAUUUGCAGGUAGAUUACAAUUAAUCAACUCUGUAAUAAGAAGUCUCACAAACUUCUGGAUGGCAGCGUUUAGACUUCCCAGUGGAUGUAUCAAAGAGAUUGAGAGGCUAUGCUCUGCGUUUCUAUGGUCUGGGCCAGAUUUGAAUAGCAAGAAAGCGAAAGUGUCGUGGGUGGAUGUUUGUAAGACAAAGCAGGAAGGAGGCUUGGGUUUAAGACCACUGAAAGAAGUAAAUACAGUUUGUGGCUUGAAACUUGUAUGGAGAAUUCUGUCUGCAAACUCACUCUGGGUUAGUUGGAUAAAAGUUUAUCUGAUCAGGAAGGGUUCGAUUUGGAUGGUCAAGGAGAAUACUCAAAAGGGUUCGUGGAUGUGGAGGAAAAUUCUAAAAUGCAGAGAUAUAGCGAAGCUGUUCUAUAAAGUGGAUGUUCGAAAUGGAGGUAAAACUUCUUUCUGGUUUGAAUCUUGGAGCUCCCUGGGCAUUCUGAAAGAUAUACUACGCGAAGGUAGCUAUAUAGAUAUGGGCAUACCUAUAUAUGCGACAGUAGAGGAUUGUAUGAAGCACAGAAGAAGAUCACAUCGAGUUUCUAUCCUUAAUAGAGUGGAGGUGGAGAUUGAGAGGAUUAAAGAGAACAGAUCGCUUGAAGAAGAUGUGUCGUUAUGGAAAACAGAGAAGGGGAAAUAUAAGAAGAAGUUUUCCACAAAAGAAACUUGGAUGUGUAUACGAGAAAGACAUUUGCAAUGCUAUUGGCACCAAGCAGUCUGGUUCAAACAUGCCACUCCAAAGUUUUCCUUUAUCACCUGGCUAGCUAUGCGUGGGAGAUUAGCUACGGGGGAGAGGAUGCAAUACUGGAAUGGAAACACAGAUGUGAGUUGUAUUCUUUGCAGGAAUCCUUUGGAGACCUUGAGCCAUUUAUUUUUUGAGUGUCCUUAUUCGACACAAGUGUGGGAUAAUUUGAUGAGAGGGAUACUUAAAGAUCAACACGCGGUUGGAUGGGAGAACAUCACUCGCCUGAUUACGGGUUCCUCAGUAUGGAGUAAAGUGAAGCUCUACAUUGUGCGUUACAUGUUUCAAGCAUCUAUUCACACUAUCUGGAGAGAACGAAACAGGCGCAGACAUGGUGAAGUGGCGGUCUCUGCAGAGGUUACAAUAAGGAGACUAGAGAAGCAUAUGCGCAAUCAAUUUACGGUGAUAAGAAGAAGAGGAGACACAGAUUAUGAGAGGGGGAUGGAGGAAUGGUUUAGUAGAGAAACAUGA